ACUACACUGCAGCCACCAACCUAUGCCACCGACCGAUGGCAGUCGUGUACAGUUUUCAUGUCAGCACUGCUGCUGUUUGCUGCAUUGAUUUCUGAGGUGAAGUGAAUGGUUAUCCCCCCCAAAGCACAAAACAACAGCUGUGAUGAUGACCUAAGAGAAGAAUGAGAAGAAAGCUGAUAAAAGAACAAGUCUAAGUGGACAGAACGAUGCAGACAGGAAACCUCCCAAAGUUUACCCCACGUCCCCGCUACACAAACACAGGUUGUGGCAGGUCGGUGGAUGAUGAAGUGAUGGAGAUGUUAGGAGGCCAUGGCCAUUGUGAUGCUGGGUGGCUGUUACUCUGGAACUGCCAUCUGCCCAAAAGGGUGCUGUGUAAUGAUAUCCUCAGCCUGAAGGUGGCAGGAGAUCCGGUGCUAACCCCCAACUCAGUUUGCCUCAGGCUGGCAGGCCUCAGUAAGCGUCAGAUGCGGAUGUGUGUGCGCAGCCCAGACGUGACGGCCUCUGCUCUGCAGGGCAUCCAGGUGGCCAUCCACGAGUGCCAGCACCAGCUCCGAGACCAGCGCUGGAACUGCUCUUCCCUGGAGGGCCUUGGCAAACUUCCCCACCACAACACCAUCCUCAACAGGGGUUUUCGUGAGAGCGCCUUCUCUCUGGCUUUGCUGGCAGCGGGUGUGGCUCACUCUGUGGCCACGGCCUGCAGCAUGGGCAAACUGCGGGGGUGUGGCUGCGAGGCCAAGCGUCGCCAGGACGAUGACAAGAUCCGGCUGAAACUCACACAGUUGCAGCUGCAGACCCUGCAGAAGGGCGGGGUAGGCCUCGGCAUGGCACGGUCAUUACCCCCGGAGCUAAACAGUCACCAUGGUGACCUGCCCACUAACCUGCGCUCCAACCACCCGUCUGCCCUACUCAAGCCUUUGCCAGAUGAGCUGAUCUCCAUGCAGGAGACCUGGGAAUGGGGGGGCUGCAGUCAUGACGUCCGUUUUGGGGAUCGUUUUUCCAGGGACUGGCUGGACUCCAGAGGGUCGCCAAGAGACAUUCACGCUCGCAUGAGGAUACACAAUAACCGCAUCGGACGACAGAUAGUAACUGACAACAUGAAGAAGAAGUGCAAAUGUCAUGGCACAUCAGGGAGCUGCCAGUUUAAGACCUGCUGGCAUGUGUCUCCAGAGUUCCGGCUCGUGGGCUCUAUACUUAAGGAAAAGUUUCUGUCUGCCAUCUUUGUCAACUCGCAGAACAAGAACAAUGGGGUUUUUAAUCCCCGGACAGGAAAUGGCGCCAGUGGGAGCUCAGGGGGACCCAACGGAGGGCGUCGCAGAAGCAUGUCCAGAGAGCUGGUGUACUUUGAGAAAUCUCCUGAUUUCUGUGAGCGUGACCCGUCUGUGGACUCUCCGGGCACACAAGGACGCAUCUGCAACAAAACCAGCUACAGCACAGACAGCUGCAGCUCGCUCUGCUGCGGACGUGGACACAACAUCCUGAAACAGACACGCAGUGAGCGCUGCAAUUGCAGGUUCCACUGGUGUUGCUAUGUGUUGUGUGAGGAGUGUCGCCUCACAGAGUGGGUUAACGUGUGCAAGUAGAUUCCAGUUUUCCCAGUCCCAGCUGCCUUUACCCACCCAGGACUCAAGAUGGCGAGCCUGUCCCUUCGCCCACUCCUGUUGUUUGAGUGUUUGUUUUUGCUCCUUGUGUAACUCUGCCAGAGAAUCUGUUUAUCCUCCCCCCCUUUCCUUUUUUUCAGUCCAUCAUCUGGGAUCUAUUUUCUCUUUGUAGCCGCUGUUAUUCUCAUAAUGCCAAGUCAGAGAUUGAAGAGGUGACUCAUGUCAUUUGUCUUGCCGUGGUCUGUUUAGACGCUGCCCUCUCAGCCAUGAAAACGGCGCACAGUCCGUCUUUUCUAUCCCACACAACAAAGACAAGUAUCAGCAGAGAGGCAUUUCUAUUUCAGUGUCUACCUGCUGACUUAUCUUUCUGUACAGUAGCUAUGUAUUUUAAUGUGUAAAUGUAUAUUUGUAAAUGUAUUAUUAUUAAUAUUAUUAUAGGGUAAGGCCCUUGCUUUUGGUCUUAGUUGAUGGCACUCUUCAUGUUCUGAACUACCUAAAAUGUAGUAUCAGCUAUCCACAAGUGUGGCUGUCAAUGCACUGAUGUAGUACCAAUUUGAUGCCACCCCCUUAGUAUGUCAACAGGUUUAUUAUAAAUUAACAUGCAACAAUAACAUAAAACAACUGUGCAGUGCUAGCGGACAGUGUAAUGCUAGUAAAAAAAAACAAGUUGUCAGCAAUCAAUGUUUUUCUAGCAAUAGUAAUGAUAUUGUUUUGAUCUUUUUGUCUCACUGUGAUCACUUGAGUAGCUGGUAUCAGCCAGCACCUGAUGAUAGGAAUCACAUCAUGAAAAAGUCAAAGAUAGUCUCUUUCUAAACCAUUAAAAUACAUUUAUUUACACAGCA